GUGCUUUUCCUUCCCAGUCGCCAUCACUUUUCAAGGUGCAGUCUCUCAAGUCGAGCUCAAAUACCCUUUUCGCUGCUAUUUCUCGAAGCCUGCAUCCUCUUCUUCGAGUGUCUUGCCGCCGCCUCACUCACAACUUGACAAUCCCACUCGACCGUCAGCCCCGCCUCGCGCGCCCAUUGUCCCUCCUCGACCUUCUGUCAGACUCAGCGAAGCGUGUCGACUGAUUCACUUUCGGACGCAAAUAAAAGCCAUCCAGGUUUCAUCAUAAUCACCAUUACGAUCAGCGAAUUCGUGUGCGACUAGACGAAGUAAUAAUGGCUGUCCGUGCUCAAUUCGAGAAUUCCAACGACGUUGGAGUCUUCUCUCGACUGACCAACUCAUACGCCAUUGUUGCCAUUGGCGCUUCCGAGAACUUUUACAGUGUCUUCGAGGCUGAAUUGCAGGAUGUUAUUCCUAUCUGCCACGCUACCAUUGCUGGUACUCGCAUUGUCGGUCGUUUGACGGCAGGAAACCGCAAGGGUCUCCUUGUCCCCACUACUACCACAGACCAAGAGCUUCAGCACCUCCGGAAUACACUGCCAGAUUCGGUAAAAAUCCAACGGAUAGAGGAGCGGCUAUCAGCCCUGGGCAACGUUAUCUGCUGUAACGACCAUGUUGCAUUAAUCCACCCCGACUUGGAACGUGAGACGGAAGAGAUUAUUGCCGACGUUCUCGGCGUCGAAGUCUUCCGACAAACCGUGGCCGACAACGUCCUGACUGGUUCCUACAUGGCCCUCUCCAACCAGGGCGGUAUCGUUCACCCCAAGACCUCCAUCCGCGACCAGGAUGAGCUCUCCUCCCUGCUGCAGGUGCCCCUCGUCGCCGGUAGUGUCAACCGCGGUAGCCCCGUGGUCGGCGCCGGCAUGGUCGUCAACGACUGGCUGGCCGUGACGGGUCUGGAUACGACGGCGACGGAGCUGAGCGUCAUCGAGAGUGUCUUCCGGCUGGGUGAGAUGGGUCCCCGUGGUGUCGGACAGGGCAAUGCCAACAAGGAGAGCAUUGUGGAGAGUUUUUACUAGAUUUUUUUCUCUCCUUCAUCCUCCACCGCGAUCGUCAUGUUGUUUAUGAAACCCAUUCCCAUACACAUUUUCCAAAAUAUCCUUAUUGUGCCAUGAAUGAUCCUAUGAAACACCCUUUCAAGUCCCGAGGAUUCUUUUCAGGUUUCCACAAGACUUAUCCAUUUGUAGAGCUUUGAGGAGAUAGCCACGAGAGAGAGAGGCGGAAUGCGCCGAACUGAGAACUGU